CCGACGCUCCCUCUCCCGCCCAUUCCGCGGAUGGGCAAUCCCAGGCGGCGCUCCCUUCAGGGUCUCAGAAUGUCUGGGAGACCUCCGGCAGGAUCUUGAUCCCCCGAGACACCCCGUUUCAUAGUGGAGGAGAACAGCCCAGAUCGGAAAAGUUUUUUUUUGCCCAAAGCCGGUUAGAGGCCCCCUGGCCCUCGAUUCCCAGUGCGGGGCUCAGGUGCACUGCAGCCUAGACGGGACUUACUCUGAGCCGAGCAGCCUCUGGGACCUGUCUGCUUCCCCUGCCCCUUGCAAACACGACGGAGCCCAGAGCUCCCCUGAACAGCAGCUGCAGCAGCCAUGGCCCUACCCUGGGUGCCCGCCAUGGGCUUCACACUGGCGCCCAGCCUGGGGUGCUUCGUGGGCUCCCGCUUUGUCCACGGCGAGGGUCUCCGCUGGUACGCCGGCCUGCAGAAGCCCUCGUGGCACCCGCCUCACUGGGUGCUGGGCCCUGUCUGGGGCACGCUCUACUCAGCCAUGGGGUACGGUUCCUACCUCGUCUGGAAAGAGCUGGGAGGCUUCACGGAGGAGGCUCUGGUUCCCCUGGGCCUCUACACCGGGCAGCUGGCCCUGAACUGGGCGUGGCCCCCCAUCUUCUUUGGUGCCCGACAAAUGGGCUGGGCCCUGGUGGAUCUCCUGUUGGUCAGUGGGGCGGCAGCAGCCACUACUGUGGCCUGGUACCAGGUGAGCCCGCUGGCCGCCCGCCUGCUCUACCCCUACCUGGCCUGGCUGGCCUUCGCAACCACACUCAACUACUGUGUAUGGCGGGACAACCGUGGCUGGCGUGGGGGCCGGCGGCUGCCAGAGUGAGUGCCCGGCCCACCAGGGACUGCAGCUGCACCAGUAGGUGCCAUCAGUGAUGGUGGCUGUCACGCUUUCACAACCACUGGGCCUGCUAGUCUGUCAGGGCCUUGGCCCAGGGGGUCAGCAGAGCUUCAGAGGUGGCCCCACCUGAGCCCCCACCCAGGAGCAGUGUCCUGCGCUUUCUGCAUGCUCAGAGCAUGUUCUCGGAACAUGGAAUUUUAUAAGCUGAAUAAAGUUUUUGACUUCCUUUA